CCUGACCGAAGACCGAGAAUGAGAGACAGAGAGGAAAAUUGUCAUGUAAACAAACACAUUCAGACCACCUCAUGCAGCUGAACAUCUGAGUCAGCUCCAUUUGCCCACAACGAUGGCGCAGUUCGUAGCAGCGAUUGGUUUUGUGAUUGCCUGCACCUUGGCAACAGUGCUGGCGGAACCGGAUUGUAGUGCUGUUCACAGCUUUCUUAGGUAUACAAAGGAGCUGAUGGUAUCGCUGCCAGAUCAUACUAAUCCCGUGUUUAAUCUGUGCACCUCGGAUAUCGCAAUUAAGAAAUAUCGAAACGCGACCAUGUUUUACCAAAACAUGACAGGUGCGCCGGAAUGCCAGAAAUAUUUCGGACACAAUCGCAUGAACGUGUACGAAACGAUCUACGCCCAGCUAACCGGGCUGUGGAACUCUGCCAACUGUGAUGCUUGCACCGGUGCGGUAAACGAAACGGCAAAGUUCAUGAACCUCUCGGCGACGCUGGACGCGUGUCUGAAAGGUUCGCACAACCCGUGCGAACUCUGCGACGCAGACUAUCAGAACGUGCAGCAGCUGUACGCACAGAUCGACAAGCGGAUGCACGGUCCGGACCGGAUGUGUUUCGACAUUGCGGAUCGCAUGAACCAAACGCGGCGGGCCUGGUCCGGGCAGUACAACUGCUGCAACGAUAAACGGCGCUCGAUGGUGAUCUUUGCCUCGGUCGCCUCGGUUGCCUGCGCGCUGCCCUUUGUGUUUUACGCGCUAAUGCACGUGAUAACGGUACGGCGGGAAAGGCGUCGUAUCAGCUUGCUCAGUGCGUCGAGCGCGAACGAUGAGUCAACCGGCGGGCCGUCCAGCUCGCGUACCACCAACGGAGUGUUGCGACACCCCGACAUGGAACGCAUCAUGGAGGCGGACUGUAGCGGUGAGGAAAACGAUACGCCCGAGACCGAUGAUGAGCUGGACGAGGAAGAAAACAUUCCGAAGCAGGUAACGGCCGAGGUGAACAAUCUCGACGUAAAGGACGGCAAUCUGAUAGACAUUCAGGCGGAGGAUAAUGCCUCGCCACUGGAGACGGGGCCGGCUGUCGGGGCCACAUUUAAAAAAAACUUUAAUCUUCAGAAGGAUGCAUCGGACGAUGAGAGUCUGCUGCAGUAAGGGAUAGAAGGUAGCUCGUGUAAGAUGAUGUUAGCAGUUAAAACCAAACUUCUCAUGACAGUGUGGUAGCAGCGGGAUCAGAUUUGUUUUUUUGUUGUUGUCUUUCUUUUCGUUAUGUACAAAAUCUUGAAUUCGUUAUUUGCAAAAUGCAACAAAUGAACGCUGUUAGUCAAGUGUAGGGUUUGUAGCUUGUUAAGUAUAUUAAGUCCAUUAAGUCCAAAGCCGCAUCAGUGAAGUUCUAAAUAAACCGAAGCAACAGCAGCAAAAAAUCACACGCACACA